CCCGGAUUUCUCGAUCCUGACAGUAGUAAAGAUACCGUACAUAGGUCCAACAGACGUCACCCCGCAUUCCAGCGCCCAUCAUGUCUUCCGAGCAGCAGCAGCCGCCUCGUUUUGAGACUCUCCAGCUUCACGCUGGCCAAGAGCCAGACCCUACCACCAAAUCUCGUGCCGUUCCUAUCUAUGCCACCACUUCCUAUACUUUUGAUGACUCUGCCCACGGAGCGAGGCUCUUUGGCCUCAAGCAAUUCGGCAACAUCUACAGCCGGAUUAUGAACCCCACGGUCGACGUCUUCGAAAAGCGCAUUGCGGCUCUUGAGGGUGGUGUCGCGGCUGUAGCAGCUUCCUCAGGCCAGAGUGCACAGUUCAUGGCAAUUUCUGCUCUCGCCCAUGCCGGUGAUAACAUUGUCUCGACUAGCAAUUUGUACGGUGGUACAUACAACCAGUUCAAGGUCCUUUUCCCUCGCCUGGGUAUCAAUACCAAGUUUGUCCAGGGUGAUAAGCCAGAGGAUAUCGCGGCUGCCAUUGACGAGCGCACCAAGGCUGUCUUCGUGGAGACAAUCGGCAACCCUCGUUAUAAUGUGCCUGACUUCGUUGAGAUUUCGAAGGUAGCCCACGAGAAGGGUGUCCCUCUUGUGGUUGACAAUACCUUUGGAGCUGGUGGAUUUUUCUGCCGCCCUAUCGACCAUGGCGCCGACAUUGUCGUCCACAGCGCAACCAAGUGGAUUGGAGGCCAUGGCACCACCAUUGCUGGCGUGGUUGUUGACUCUGGGAAAUUCGAUUGGGGCAAGCAUGCUGCUCGCUUCCCUCAGUUUGUCGAACCAUCCGCAGGUUACCACGGUCUGAAGUUCUGGGAAACCUUUGGACCCCUCGCCUUUGCUAUCCGGGUCCGUGUGGAGAUAUUGCGCGAUCUGGGAACGGCACUGAACCCCUUUGCUGCGCAACAGCUCCUGCUAGGCUUGGAGACCCUCAGUUUGCGCGCUGAGCGACACGCAAGUAAUGCAAUCGCCCUUGCAAAGUGGCUGCAGAAUAACGAAAACGUGAGCUGGGUCUCGUACCCCGGGCUCGAAGAUCACCCCAGUCAUGAGACUGCGAAGCGGUACUUGCAGCGUGGUUUUAGCGGUGUUCUAUCAUUCGGGGUGAAAGGUGGUUCUACUGCCGGUAUCCAGCUCGUUGACGGCUUCAAGCUGAUUUCGAACCUUGCAAAUGUCGGAGAUUCCAAGACCCUUGCAAUUCACCCCUGGUCAACGACCCACGAGCAACUCACCGAGCAAGAGCGUCUUGACUCGGGCACGACAGAGGAUGGCAUCCGUAUUUCUGUCGGUACAGAGCACAUUGACGAUAUCAUUGCUGAUUUCGAGCAAUCGUUCAAGGCUGCCGCCGCUACUGGCCCGCAGAGCACUUCCUUGCCUGAUCGGGCAGCUUGAAAAGUAGCAUCGAUGGAGAGGGAAGCUGGUCCCCAGAUGCCCGUUCAAGUUACUGUUGAAUAUCAAGAAGGAUUCGAAGGAUUUUAAGCGAGAGAUAUACCCCAGGGAGCUUUAUAUAGCAAUAUAUCAAAUUUACAUGAUGUUUAAAGUGCAUUACUUAUACAGGAUGUCUCAAUUCUGGGGCAUCAUUUGUCCAGUCAGUUAGCCAAUGACUAGUCGUCAAUUCCAUUGGGCCUAUUCACUGAG